AUGGCCGACCAUCUUUCAAAUAUCACAGCAGAGAUGAUCCACGCAGAAUGUGCUUAUCAGAGAUUGAUCAGGAACUUCUCAAAUUCUCCAAUCGUCUAUCGCGAAACUACAUCUUUCUAUAAUAAGACAUUAGGAAAUCAUAUCAAAGCGAUGGAGUGCCACAAACUCUCUAAAGGCAAAGCCAAGAAGGAAGGCAUGCAAAGCGAAUCGAAUUCCACGGCCACAGAUGAUGUAACGAACAACAAUGCUCAAGUAGAUAAAGCAUUUUCACAGAGAGUCGAGCCAGCCAUCUCAGCGCAAGAAGUAUUCGAAAACAUGCCAAGUGGGCCAAGAAAAAUGCUAACAACUGUAUAUGUUUUUGGCUUCAUUUUGUCAAUAAUUUGUCCAAUUGCAGUUAUCGCGAUCGGACUUAUCGACAUGCACUCAUUCACCAAGACAUUUGAACCCGUCAGAGUAUUUUCCGAUACUUUAUAUGCUGUUACCCGUAUUCCACAACUCAUCAGAAGAUAUCAACUGUAUUUAAACGGCCAAAUCACUCCAUGGACAGCAGAAAUUGGUCCUGUUAGAGGUACGAACUUAGAGUUCAUUCCUCCAACGAAUUGUACUUUUUCUUUACGAAAUUACGUCAUGGAACUCCGAAAUCUUUCAGUUUCCAUUCUAGAUGUAGCCAAAGGAAACAAAGACAUAGAAAGACUCUCAAGUUCCAAGAUCUUCAACAAGAAACAGUCCAAUUCCACUGUGAAAUCAUCGAGUUACGACAUGUUAACAUCAUUUACAAACGCUGCUGAAAAACUUCUAAAUAAAACAGAUGACCAAUGGAAAGUUGUCAACACAAGUGAUGAAGUUAUCUUCAUUUUCGAUAACGUUGAUGAAAUUGUUAAUGCUUUGAAACAGAUCAUGAGUGUUACAAAUCAAAACGUCAUCAAUAGAAAGAACGAGUUCAAACUCAAAUCAAUUAUUUUGUAUGUUUUGACAUGGGCAUUGCCUUUCAUUAUUAUGUUACCUUUGUUGUUUAUUACAAUCAAGAACUUGAGAGCAGAAAUUGCUUUCAUUCUGAAGUUGUUCAUUGGUUUCCCUAAAAACGAAAUUUCCGCAUUGAGAUGGUCAAUGAAAUCAUCAUCCAGUACGAAGAAAGCAAACAAAAAUGCAACACAAGCACAACAACAAACAAAAGUUGCUUUCCAGACAUCAAUUGCCGGAUCUGCUUCUACAUCAAGUCUCGGAUCAGAAUCAUCUUCUGUCAGUUUCGAGAACAGGGAACCAGCAGCAGAACAAGUUGUUGAUUCAUUGGCAGCUUCAUCGAGAAGUCAUACAGGAAACUACACUAGAUUUGUAAGAUUCCUUUUGUUGUUUAUGUUAGUUUCUUCUGUAUUAACAACAAUAGGAAUUGCUUUAUACAGAUCAGCCAUGUUAUCCAUAUUAAAUGUUGCUCAUGGAUAUGUUAAUGCUGUUGAUUCAACAUCAACUGCUGUUGCUUCUUACGUUUGGGGACAAGAAUCAUUCUCAAAGGCGCCAAUCAACAAUUUAUCACUAAGCGAAGUGAAGAACAAAACAUGGCAUUAUGUAAGUGAAAUCACAGAGACAUUUGAUAAUUUCUUGUAUUCUUCUGAGAGUGGAAUGAAAGCUUCUUUAUUACUAGGUACAGAUGUAAUCAAUGCUUAUGUUACUUCAACAGCUGUUAAUAAUGUAAGUGACAAAUACAAGCCACAACAUGGUUUCUUACACUCUGUUUAUUUCUCUUUGUCUUGUGAUACUCAGUUGAGAUUGUUAUGGGAAACAUCUUUGUUUAUUAUGAAUGCUUCUGAUCCAACGGAGUAUUCAUUUGAUGAUAAUUUCACUUAUCAAUACGAACACUUGAUUUUCUCUCAUUUGGACUAUUGUUUGAAAGGCGGACAAAACCUUUUGUUGGAUGAAACAGACCAAAUUGAGAGCAACCAGAAAUACAAGAUGUUCCUUUUGUUCUUCUCUUUGUUCGCUCUUCAAAUCCUUGUUUAUUUCACUAUUAUUUUAGUCCAAUUUUUGAGAGCAAGAGCAAUUCAUCACACAGUUCAUUCUCUUCUUCUUUUGAUUCCUCCUGAAGCAUUGCUAAAGAACCAGAUGGUUUUGAAGUGGAUAUCAGGAUCUGUUGAUUACACAACAUACAACAGAUUGAGAGAUACUUACAAAUCAAAGGAAUCAAGUAACAUCGCUCAUGAUUUCAUUGUAAAUAACUCUAAAUCUGGUUUGAUUCUUUUGGACGGAGAUCUAAAGAUAACACAAGUAAAUACAACUGUCUGUUCAAUGCUGAAAAUGGAAACAUCACAGUUACAAGGCCAAAACUUUAUCAAUAUCCUCAACCAGCAGUUAAUGGAUAAAGAAAAGGCCAUUGUCGUCCAUCAGUUGGAACAUGACAUCAAUAAAAUGAAGGCAGGAAGAGCAAGAUCGAAUUCAACAUCAAUACAAUCAUCUAUUUUGGGAACAAACAACCAGAUGAUGUAUUUGACAAUAACAGUUGUAGGACACUCAGUUGACGAAGGAGCACAAGAUGAAGACCAUGAAUCAAUCGUUCCUGCUACAUCUUUCUCUGUAGUUGUUGUUGAUUCAACUGCAGAACACUUCCAAGCUGCUUUAGUUGCUUCUGAAAAGGCCAAAGGAGAAAAACUCAUUGAAAGUUUGUUGCCACCAUCAAUUAUCAAGAGAAUGAAUGAAGGUGAAACCGAUAUUACAUUCGAAGUCCAGCAGGCAACAGUUCUUUUCACUUCCAUUGUUGGAUGGUCGAAUUUGACUCAAGACAUGAAAGCUACACAAGUUAUGACAAUUUUGAACUCUCUUUUCGUCGCUUACGAUGAAGAAUUGCAUAACUUCCCAGCAAUCACAAAGAUGAAGACAAUCGGACACAUCUACAUGUGCUGCGGUGGUUUGUUCUCUGAUUCAUCAGUUAACUCAGGCCAAGUUGUUGUUGAAUACGCCACAAAAUUGUUGGAAAUUGCACAGAAAGUUUCGAAAGACUUGGGAAUUUCCUUCCAGAUUACUUGUGGUGUUAACACUGGUGGUCCAAUCAAAUGCGGUAUUCUCGGUGUCACAAGACCUGUUUUCGAUAUCAUCGGUGAUGUCGUCAAUGUCGCAUCAAGAAUGAACUUACACUGUUUGCCUGGUUACGUCCAGAUUUCGCCAUCAACUUACGACGCAAUUAAGUAUUUGAACUUUAAUGUCAAAGAAAGAGGUGAAAUUCAGGUUAAGGGUAAAGGUAUGAUGAAGACAUACGUCGUAUCCGCCAGCAGUAACAGCCAGAACAGCACAGGUUCAACAUAA